CGUGUCUUUGAGAUCUGGCGCCGCAGUAUCGGUUUGAAUGCGGUUUGUGGCCCGUAGGAGCUGCUAGUUGUUGUCGUUGGAUAACAUACGUAACAAGCGCUCUGUAAAGUCUGGCAGGCAUGGUGAAGAGAAAGGAAGGAAGUAGCUUUACCCCCACUGGGCAUGGUAAAAGGGCAAGACAAUCAGAACAUUACAGUCCUGACAGUGAACAUGAGGAAGCUGAGCCAAAUACUUCUUCAUUUAGCCAAGGAUGUUAUUCUCAGUCUAGUACAGCGGAAGUUGGGAUAAUUGAAAGCAUCUCUCUGAAAAAUUUUAUGUGCCAUUCAAUGCUUGGACCAUUCCGUUUUGGACCAAAUGUAAACUUUGUUGUUGGAAAUAAUGGAAGUGGUAAAAGUGCUGUUUUGACUGCUCUUAUUGUUGGCCUUGGAGGAAAAGCUGCCCUUACCAACAGAGGUUCAUCGAUAAAAGGAUUUGUUAAGGAUGGCCAGACAUCUGCUGAUGUUUCUGUUACCUUACGAAAUCGGGGACAAGAUGCAUUCAAACCAGAGGUUUAUGGAAACUCAAUUAUUGUUCAACAGCACUUCACUACGGAUGGCAAUAGAAGUUACAAACUUAAAAGUUCAGCAGGGGCAUUGGUUUCUUCUAAAAAAGAAGAACUGUUGGCAAUCCUUGAUCAUUUUAACAUUCAGGUAGACAAUCCUGUAUCCGUUCUCACACAAGAGAUGAGUAAAAGCUUUUUGCAGUCCAAAAACGAAGCUGAUAAAUACAAGUUCUUUAUGAAAGCAACACAGUUAGAGCAGAUGAAAGAGGAUUAUUCCUACAUCAUGGAGACAAAAACUAGGACUCAUGACCAAGUGGAAAUGGGAGUUGAGCGACUUCAUGAUCUUAGAAGACAGUGUAUUGAAAAAGAGGAAAAAUUUAAGAGUAUUGCAUCCUUGGGAGAUAUGAAGGAAAAACUAGAAGAUUUGAAGCGUCAAAUGGCCUGGGCUCUGGUGAUUGAGACUGAAAAACAAGUUAAGCCUUUCAGAGAACUAAUUAAUACAGAGGAAGGGCGCACUGUUAAGUAUGAGCAAAAGAUUGAUGAGUGGCAGGUAAAAGUAAAUAAAGCUGAGGAGAAGUUUAGAACAAUACAGGAACAACUUGAAAAUAUACUUCAAGAGGCGCAGGCACUGAAGCCCCAGGUUCUUUCUCUAAAAGAGGAUGUGCAGAAAAAGAAGAACACCUACAAUGGAUCUGAGCUUAAGUAUAACAGACAGAAAAUGGAACUGAAACGAUUGGAAAGAGAGUCAGAGCAACUUCAUAGACGUAUUGAGGAGCUAGAAAAAAGCUCAGAUCGCAUGUCUGAAGAAGAUAAAAUGGAAAGAUUAAGAGAAAUAUCCCAACUUAAGGAAAACAUAAGAGCACUUCGUGAUCAAGAAAUUACUACUAAUGAGCAAAUAGACCAGUUUCAGCAAGCAAUUUUUAAGUAUAAGGAAGAGCGUAAUAGAUUAGGACAAGAAGAUCGUGAACUGAAACAAAGAAUGGAACGCCAUAAACGACAAUUAAGAGAGUUUCAAGAUAGUAAAACUGAUAGAUUAAAAAGAUUUGGCCAGAAUAUGCCCUCCUUUCUUGCCGCAAUUGAUGAGACCUAUAGAAAGGGCCAAUUUACAAAGAAACCCAUUGGACCACUAGGUGCCUGCAUUCGCCUUAAAGAUCCACAGCUCGCUCUGGCAGUUGAAAGUUGCAUAAAAGGACUGCUCCUAGCUUUCUGUUGUGAUAAUCACAAAGAUGAAAGAACUCUGCAGCAACUUAUGUCCAGACAUUAUCCACAAGGACACAGACCACAAAUCAUUGUCAGUGAAUUUCGGAAUGAAGUUUACGAUGUUAGGCGCAGAGCGGUUUUCCAUCCAGAGUAUCCAACAGUACUGACUGCUUUGGAAAUCGAUAAUCCUGUGGUUGUCAAUUGCUUAAUUGAUAUGCGAGGCAUUGAAACCGUUUUGCUAAUUAAGGGUUCAUCAGGCGUGGAAUCGCCUGAUCCAGUUUAUCCUCCCGGGGGAGCGACUUCCCCUGAGGCCUCAGGGGGUCAACCUUCGGGGCCUUUCCUUUUGUGCCGGCGGAGGCACUUGGAGAAAGAAGUGACACUCAUAAUGGAUCAGUUGUCGACAUUCGAGCAACGACUACAAUCCAUGCAAAGUGACAUUUACCAAAAUGAAGAGCUUUUGCGCCGGUACCACACCUCUAGGAAACAAAUACAGAUGCAAAUCAGAGAAGUGUCUGGCCGUAUUACAGAUUUAGAAAAUGUCGAAGAGCAACCAUCCAUAGACAUUACUACGCUGGUAAGACAAAAUUUACUUUAUCAACUUAUAUUUCUUGAUACCUGCCCAAUGAAGCUUGAGAAAACUUGUCAAGCAACGCAGAUUUUCCCAGAACGACUGGAAGUUGCUAGAAGUGCUCGAAGCCUUGACACAGAAAUCACUCGUCUGAGGGAAAAGAUUUUAUCAGAGUGUGACUUACAUGGAAACAGGGAUGAAAUAAUAAAGCAGUAUCAUGAUGCAAAGGAAAAAUAUCAAGAUGCAGAAAGUGAAGUGAAAAGUCUGAAAAGGUUUAUUAAACUAUUAGAUGAAAUAAUGUCACAGAGGUACAAGAUGUAUCAUCAGUUUCGAAGAUUUCUUUCAUACAGGUGCCAUGUUUAUUACGAUUCCUUACUAAGUAGGAGAAGGGAGCUUGCUGGCUUAAAUUUUGACUAGAAACAACAAACAUCUUCCUUGUUUGUUCAGCCUGGAGAAGGGAAUAAGGCAGCUUUGUCAGAUAUGAGAUCUCUUUCUGGAGGAGAACGUUCUUUUUCAACUGUAUGCUUUGUGCUUUCUCUGUGGUCAAUUGCUGAAUCACCAUUCAGGUGCCUGGAUGAAUUUGAUGUUUACAUGGACAUGGUGAAUAGAAGAAUAUCUAUGGAUAUGAUGCUCACAAUGGCAGAUAACCAGAGAUUUCGGCAGUUUAUUUUGCUAACCCCUCAAAAUAUGAGCUCUCUUCCAUCCAGUAACCUGAUCCGAAUUCUUCGAAUGCAAGAUCCUGAACGAGGACAAACAACUUUGCCUUUUGUGCCAAGAAGUCAAGAUGAGGAAAAUGAAGAUUGAAUCAACCUUUUUACCCUUGUCAAAUAGAAGCACUAGAGAAUAGCUCAAUUAUUGCACACACGGGCUAGCAGUUAAUGUUCUUGCUUAUGUUGGUGUUGGGAAAGAAAAAUGUUAUCUUCAACGUGUUUAAAAUAGUUUCAUAAUAAUCCUAAAACUAUAAUAUUUUGUAAAUUGUUUCAUCAUAGUGCAAGGAAUAAAUGGAAGUUUUCAAACCACAUAUUUUGUAAAAAUUCCUCACUUUAUAUAUGAUAUUAAAAUACUAUAAUAAUAAUAA